AUGAUUUACGGCAAUACCGUCCGUGUAGCUCCCACCGAACUGAGCUACUCAACCCCCGAGGCGUGGAAGGGUGUCUACGGCCACGCGGUUGCCGGCGCAAAAUCAACAGAAAAGGAUACUCGAUUCUACGGACCCUCAUUCAACAGCGCCCCAGAUAUUAUACGUGCUCAUGGGCCCGACCACUCCCGCUUCCGCCGCAACUUCUCCCAUGCCUUUUCCGAAAAGGCCCUCCGUGAGCAGCAGCCACUGAUCUGCCACUAUGUGGACAUGCUGAUCGACAAGCUACGCACCCUUGCGCGAGAAGAUCCGCACAAACCAAUUGAAAUUGUUCACCUAUACAAUCUCACCACCUUCGACAUCAUGGGCGAUUUGACCUUCGGUGACUCCCUGGACCUACUAGCCGGAACCGGUGAUGAUAGCUGGGUCUCCGCGAUAUUCCUCAGUAUGAAAACCAAUGCCCUGCGCAGACUCGGACGCUACUACCCCUGGACUGCACUAUUCGCUCAGAGGCUCAUCCCUCAAGCUCUGAAAGACAAGGCCGUCGCGCAUUACAAGGCGUGCGAGGAGCGCAAGGAGGAGCUCCGCCUGAGCCAUGCGGAGAUGUAUGCAAACUCGCAGAUUUUCAUGGUUGCUGGGACGGAAACAACGGCCACUGCCUUGAGCGGGUUGACGUAUCAUCUCCUGAUGAAUCCGGAGAAAAUGCACAAGGUCGUUCGUGAAGUCCGAGGCGCGUUUCAGAAGGAUUCCGACAUCGAACUUGGAGCGCUGGUGCGGAUGAAGUACUUGAAUGCGUGUAUUGAGGAAGGACUUCGCAUCUAUCCUCCUGUUCCUGUUGGAUUGCCACGAGUCGCUCCUGACGAGGGGCUUUUCGUCUGUGGGGAGCAUAUUCCCGGCAAGUGGGCAACUUAUCACGACCCUGAGAAUUUCAAGCGGCCAUAUGAAUUCAUCCCGGAGCGAUGGAUCAGUGAUGAAUUUGCCAGUGAUAACAAGGCAGCUCUUCAACCAUUUUCGUUUGGGCCAAGAAACUGCCUAGGAAAGAAUUUGGCGUACAGCGAACUGCGCAUUAUUCUUGCCAAAGUCUUGUAUCACUUUGAUCUCAGCCUUGUUCCCGAGUCUGUGGGCUGGGAUAAGCAGAAGACCUUUUUGCUGUGGGAGAAGCGUAAGUUGAUGGUUCAUCUGAAAGAAAGAGCAGAGGCUGUGUAG